AGUGUCAUUAAAAGUGUUGUACCUGAAGAAUUUCAACAUAAAACAAUCAUGAAGCUCUUAGUCUUUACUGUAGUAGUCAUUGUACUAUUCUCAUUUUCACCUUCCGGAAAAGCUAAUGCUUUUAAUUGGAAGUGUUGGAAUACAAUAGUAUCGAGUCUUAUCACGCCUGAUAUUCUAUGUCAUAAGUGUACGAACCAUCAAAUAUGUCUUUCUGAGGAAAAGAAUGAAUGGAAGUGCGAAGCUAAUAAUUAUGCGGGAUGUUCAGUUCUGCAAACAAGUGGUGGUUCAUCUCUAUAUCCGAUAUUUGAUUGCAACAAGCCAAAUAUUGAAGCCUUUUAUAAGAUUGACGGGAAGUAUCAUUAUUACAGUUCGCACUCUGUUCGGAAUAACAUAUGGGAUUGCAUUUUUUCUUCAGAGUAAAAUUUAACUUAAAAAGCUAUUCACAUAAUAACGUCGAUAGAUUAUCAUUUUAUUAAAUGCUUUUAAAUAUAUUAAUCCAAAAACUUUGUAUGAAUUAUAAACUACUUCUUAGUAACAAAUAUUACAUGUCUACACUGAAAUUUAAAAGAAUAUAUUCUGUAUGACCUAAACUGAAAACUAAAUAAAUUUAGUAUGAUUUAAAAAUUUGUUAGAAACUGAUUUAAAAUUUUAUUUGUAAGCGGAAAGAAGACAAGCUGAUUAUAAAUGAAUAAAAUAAGGCGAGAGCAAUGAAAAUAAAAUAAAAGUAGUGGGAAGA